UUGUCAUAACUGUUUACGUGCCGUCGUCCAAACACGUACCGUACGUGCAGAUGCAGGCAGCUGGUGCUGCCGGCGCGACGCCGGCGGCUCCCCCACCGCAGCCGCCGCGCCGCCGCGCGUACACGGCCGUCGAUCCCCGGUGCGAGUGGACACGAACGGAAGACGCCGACACCCUCGUCGUUGAUAUCUCGGGGUUCAGGAAGGAGGAGCUGAAGGUGCUCUACAACACCAGCCGGAAGCUGAAGGUCACCGGCGAGCGGCAGGCCGACGGCGGCCAACGGGCACGAUUCCUCAAGAUGUUUCCGGUCCCGAGGAGCUGCAACGCCGGCGCCAUCAGGGCCGUCAUGGACAAGGAAGAGGCCCUUCUCUACGUCAUCCUGCCCAAGGGAUCAUCAUCUUCUUCUUCUUCCCCUCCCUCCAACUCCUCCAUGGACAAGCAGAAAGACGACCAGAAUGUGAGCUCUGAGCCUCAGGGAGGAGCAGCCAUGGCGGAUGGCUCAUCGAGCAGCAGCAGCAGCAGUGGCGUCCUAUACAGCGCCCAGGAAGACGAAGAGAUGGGCAGGAUGGAUGAUGAGAAGGUAGUAGAGAGGGAAGAGCAGAUUGCCACACAGGAUGUGCCAGGAACGACGCAUGGUGAUGAUGUGAAUGGUGGUAACAGGAGACUGUGGUGGCAGAGGGCUAGGGCCACGCGUGUUCUUGGCAUUGCUCUCAUCCUUGCAGUGGCCGCUGUUGGUGCCUACGUACUGUGCCUGAUGCUGCUGUAGCAUUAGCAUGUGCACAAAACGCCUGUGCAAAUGUGUCGUUUCAUACGUGUGUAACAAUUGUCGCUGUGUCAGUUGGGACUGGUUUGCAAACAUAUAUGGUGUUUGUGCUUUCAGAUUGUUAGAUAUACUACUGAUGUGUCAUGAAAAGGAAGCAAUUCGAUUCUGUGUAUUGCAAUUGCCACUCAUGGAGCUCAGAAAAGAAGACAGCGGAAGAUGCAAUCCGAUGGCCGCAUUUGUGAUUCUGUUUUGUACUACAGAAGAAUAUGCUCCCACCCAAACACAGCCUCAAAUUACCCACCAAACUUAGGGUACAGCAUGUAA